AAUCUGACAAAACUACAAAUCCCAUAAGCCCAGCGAUUACUAUAACGUCUAAUAGAGACGGUUCCGUUCGCGAAGCAUUUCGGGAAGUGUAGUGUGAGAGAAGUGACAGCUGGUUUCCUGGUUGCGCUGGCAGUAACAUGGCGGCGGUGAAGCUGAGUGAGGUGCGGGACCCCGGGGCCCUGUUUGAGGCGCACAGCGCCGAGGAGAUCCGGGGAAUAGAGAGGAAGGUGCGGGCGGAGAUCGAGCAGAAGAAGGAAGAGCUGCGGCAGAUGGUGGGGGAGCGGUACCGGGACCUGAUCGAGGCGGCGGACACCAUAGGGGAGAUGAGGAGGAGUGCGGGGCUGGUGGUGGACGCUGUGCGGGACAUGGAGCGCUACUGCGGGGCCCUGAAGACCAAGGCCAGCCCGGGGCCACGGGGAGCCAGCCCGGCACAGUCCCAGGAGAAGUUUUACAGUACGGCUGCUCAGAUUAAGCUGCUGCUGGAGAUCCCGGAGAAGAUCUGGAGCGCGAUGGAGUCGUCUCAGUAUCUGCGCGCCACUCAGCUCUACCUACUAUGCUGCCACCUACACUCCCUCCUGCAGCUCGACUCCUCCACCUCCCGCUACAGCCCGGUCCUCGCUAGGUUCCCCAUCCUUAUACGCCAGGUAGCAGCCGCUGGCACCUUCCGCUCCACCAUUCUGCAGGAGAGCAAGUCCCUUCUGAGAUGUUCGUCGGCCUCUGACCAGUCUGUGGCGGAGGCGCUCUGCUCCAUCAUGCUCCUGGAGGACAGCUCACCGCGUCAGGCCCUGGCCGAUUUUCUGCUCGCUAGAAAGGCUGGGAUCCAGCAGCUGCUCAACCAGCCGCAUCACGGCUCCAGCAUAAAGUCCCAAGUGUGUUCCCUGGUGGAGCUGUUGGUGAACACCCUGUACCAGGCCCAUGCCCUCUUCUAUACACAGCCCGACAAUGUUCCUGCCGAUCCUGCUCUUAGCUGCGGCCUUAUAUUCUCUAUGCUAGAGACGGUCACCGCCCAGCAGGCAGUGGGGAAAGGCAUCAAAGUCUUAAGGGAGGAGAUGCAGUCCGUCAGCUGGUUCAAGCACCUCCCGCCAUCCGUCGUGGAUUUUCAGCCCACCCUGCGGACAUUAGCUCGCCCUAUAAAUCGGGAUCAUCUGAGAGAAACUCUGCAGCAGUGGAUUAACCUGUGCAAUGAAGACAUCAAGUCGGGGAUAUCUGCUCUGCUCAUCUAUGUGAAGACUCUGAAGGGCCUGGCUGGGAUCAGAGAUGCCGUAUGGGAACUACUGACUAGUGACUCCAUGAGCCACAACUGGGAGAAAGUUUGUCACCGUCUAUUGGAUCAACCCAUCCGUUUCUGGGAGGACAUGAUGCAGCAGCUAUUCUUAGACAGGCUCCAAACUUUGAUAAAGGAAGGUCUCGAGUUUAUAUCCGGUGACUCUGUGCAGCUGCUACUCUCCACGCUGCAGGACCUGGAGAAGGACCCCGAAAUCCUGAAACACAUCCAGCAUGAGAGUAACAUCUGCUCCUACCUGUGGUCUGAAAGCCAAAGUGACCUCCCGGCAGACGCUGCCUGGAUCAGCGUGGCCAACCGCGGCCCGCAGCGCAGAAGCGGCUUAUCGAUGAAGGCCCAAGCCGUCACUCCCUGCAUUCAGAGCUUCUGCCAAGCCUUAGACUCCAAAUUAAAGGUGAAAUUGGAAGAUUUGUUUUCUUACCUGCCAAAAGAGGUGUCUGCUACUGAACAGCAGAACGACCCUCUUACAACGGGGGGCAGGCCCUCUGCUUUCGAUCGUUACGGCGAUGCCAACACGGUGCGGGAGAUGUUAUGCCAACAUUGUCUCAAUUGUAUGCAGCACAUCCAGGACUCGGUUAAGGCACAGCUCAACACUGCUGCAGAUAGAGAACUUGGUGACCACAACACGGCACUGUGCAGGUAUACACUGGGUAAAGUACUUUUCCUGGCGAGGCUGUGCCAGUCUUUGAGCGAACUCUGCCCUCAUUUAAAGCAGUGCAUCUUGGGAAAGUCUGGAGGCAUGGAACAGACUGUGCGAGAGACUAAGACUGGUAAAAAGUCUGGUAAAGGGAGGGCUGCCGACAAGCCGCAAGUCAUCUGCAAGUGGCAAGAACUGAAAGACAAACUUGUACGCCAGUCUUUGGAAGCCUACGCCAUUUGGAGCUCCACUGUGGUUAGACACCUGGUAAGUUCUUUCACAAAUACCCUGCUGCAGAACACAGCGGGAUCAGCACUCGCUACUGCCACCCAGUGGGAUGAAAUAGAAAUCCAGGAGGAGACUGAGGCGGGAAGCAGCGUCACAUCAAAGAUCCGACUCCCUGGACAGUGUUCCUGGUACGUACAGUCCCUUCUUUUCAACCUUUGCCAAUCAGUCAAUUUUGUUGGGGGGCACGCCCUGCCCGAAGUGACCCUGCAGGCAUUACUGAAAAGCUGCCUGGAUGAAGUGCUUGCUGCAUAUGAGAAGCUGUGUCAAGAAGGCUUGGGAAAGAAAUCUGCAAAUCCCAUUACACAGACCAGGGCUCUGCAGUUGCUCUUUGACCUCCGCUACCAGUGUCUGAUCUUCACGUCCCGUACAGAAGAUGGCAGAAGCGGUAAAAGUAAACCGGAUUCCAGGAUUCAGCAGGUGGCGGAUCAGCUGGAGAGCUGCAUUGAUCCAUUUGAUCUGGACGUCUUCACCCCGCACUUGAAUGUAAACUUGAACCGCCUGGCACAGAGGACCUCGGUUCUAUUUGGGUUACUCACAGGAACUGAACACCAGUUCCCCAGCAGAAGCUCCACGAUGGGGGUCCAGGAGACGCACAAUGUGCUGCCAUUGGCUUCCAGCCAGAUACGAUUUGGGCUGCUUCCUCUUAGUAUGUCUAGCUCACGGAAGUCAAGGACUGUGGAGGAAGUGAAAAUGCAGAUACCUAUGACCAUCUCUCCACCUGAAGAAAACUCUUUUAGACCGGGGUCCUUGUUCCGACAACUUGCAACACAAGAUGAAGACGCUCAGGCCUCAUCCCUCUUCAAACUGGGCUGGCUCUCCAGUAUGACCAAGUGAUCCCCACUGACCCCCGACCCAUUACAUAUGUACGUCUUGGUGGGCAGGAAAGCACAGCGCCUGCUCCAUUCCUGUCAGCGGCCGUGGUUGGUAACAGUCUGUCAGCGACAUCAAGACUGGUGCUGUGUCGGGAUAAUGUCUCACCCCAUAAUACAGUCCCUGAGAGAUGAUGAGUUGUCCCGGAAGCCCAAAACCUUCCGAAGGCUUCUGGGGCUGCCAUGCCAUAUAUGUAGUAGUAGAUUGCCGCUCAGACAGCUCCCUGCAAUUUAUUUGUAUUUAAAGGGGUACUCCGUAGAAAACAUUUUUUUUAAAUCAACUGGUGCCAGAAAGUUAAACAGAUUUGUAAAUUACUUCUAUUAAAA